GCCGACGUCGACUCGUGACGAUAAAGCCCUUAUUGAACCUCACUGCAGUGCCGUUGAUAAUCAGUCGAACUCAAGCCAAGUGACGAUCACCUCGAUAAUGGCGCGUACAGAGAAAACAAAACUCGACCUCUUCCUUCAAUGGCUUCAGGUGAACGGAGCUCAAUUCCGCGGCUGCAAUAUCAACUAUUGCGACUCCACCAAAGGUUUCGGUAUUUAUUCCUCCAAUGAUUCCCCCAAUGAUGGGGUUCUUCUUGUGGUUCCAUUGGAUUUAGCAAUAACUCCGAUGAGAGUACUGCAAGAUCCUUUAAUUGGAGCAGACUGUAGAGCGAUGUUUGAAGAAGGGGAAGUUGAUGAUAGGUUUUUAAUGAUUUUGUUUCUUACUGUUGAACUUCUCCGAAAGAAUUCUUCGUGGAAACCUUAUCUUGAUAUGCUUCCGACCACUUUUGGGAAUCCACUAUGGUUUACCGAUGACGAGUUGUUGGAAUUGAGAGGAACAACCUUGUAUAGAGCAACUGAAUUGCGGAAAAAGGAUUUUAUUUCUGUGUACGAAGAUAAAGUGAAGGGUUUGGUGAAGAAACUUCUAGCUCUUGAUGGAGUUUCAGAAAGUGAGGUCUGCUUUGAAGAUUUCCUUUGGGCAAAUUCUAUAUUUUGGUCUCGUGCGCUGAACCUUCCUCUUCCACAUUCUUAUGUAUUUCCCCAAAUUCAAGAAGAUACUGAGACAACCUUUCCAGUUGAAAGAAGUUUUGAGGUGACCAUCAGUCAAAGUGGAGAGCCUAUUAAUGAAAUUGAUGGAAAAAGAUUUGAGGGUCAUGAGAAUGAUAACGAAAAUGGAGCAACUUCCACAUCAAAACAAGAAGAAACUGUCUGGGUGGAGGGUCUUCUCCCGGGCAUUGACUUUUGCAACCAUGACUUGAAGGCAGUGGCAACAUGGGAAGUUGAUGGAACAGCGCCAAUAACCGGAGUUCCUUUAUCCAUGUACCUUAUUUCUGCUUUACAGUCUCCAUUGCCAGCUGACAAAGAAAUUUCCAUCAGUUAUGGUAACAAAGGCAAUGAGGAACUUCUGUACCUGUAUGGUUUUGCUGUUGAUAAUAAUCCAGAUGACUAUCUCAUGAUUCAUUAUCCUGGGGAGGCAAUCCAGAAUAUUUCCUUUUCCGAAUUCAAAGGACAACUGCUUGCAGCUCAGAAAGCUUCACUGCGGUGCCUUCUACCAAAAAAAUUGCUGGCUCGUGGGUUUUUUCCAACAGGGUCCUCUAAUGAUGAAGCAAACAAUACCGGUGAAGCUGAUAGGAUUUGCAACUUUAGUUGGAGUGGACAUCGCAGAACACCUUCUUACUUGAAUAAGCUGGUUUUUCCUGAAGAUUUUAUGACUGGCUUGAGGACUAUAGACAUGCAAGAAGAUGAGGUUUCUAAAGUUUCCUCAAUGCUAGAAGAGCUUGUUGGGCCUGAAGGAGAAAGACAGCCAUCCGAUACGGAAAUAAGAACUGCUGUGUGGGAAGCCUCUGGGGAUUCUGGAGCUCUGCAAUUGCUUGUUGACCUUCUUCAGAAAAAAAUGAUGGACCUUGAAGAGGGCUCUGGAACAGAGGAUUGCGAUUCCGAACUACUUGAGAAUGCCUGCAUUAUUGUAAGCCCUGAACAACAAACAAGCAAGGAGGCAGAUGACGUAGUCCGGCACAAGUUGAUGAGUAGGAACAGGUGGUGUAGCAUAGUGUAUCGAAGAGGGCAGAAGGAACUGACUCGUUUGUUCCUGAAGGAAGCAGAGCAUGCUUUGCAAUUAUCUCUGAGUGAAGGAAACUGAGUGUUAUAUGACUUGCCCUUAUUCAAAAUAAACAGAUUUUCUAAA